UCUCGUUAUAACUUGAAUCGUCAGAGACUACACCCCCACCACCACGCGCCGGAGUGGAAGUUGUCGUUUCUCCGGCGACGACUCCUCUCUCCCCAUCCCCAUCAAUUCACACGCUGCCAAACACACAUCGGAAUCAAGCAUCUUUGAAUUGAGAAUAGAAGAAACGUAAACAUGGGUUCCGAGUUAAUAUUCCGAGGCCACGAGCCGCAGACCGCGAGUGACGCUUACUCGCCGAAGCCGCCGAAGCCCUGGCUCAGCGUUGUUCGCCCGAUUCGCUACAUGCUACGCGAACAGCGGCUCGUAUUUCUGUUCGUCGGCAUUGCUAUUGCCACUCUGGUCUUCGUCCUCCGCCCUUCCUCCAAUUCCCCCCCGCCGAUCGGCUACUCGUACUUCUCCUCCGAAUUGACUCAGCCGCACCGAGCCAUAUACCAGAACGGCCACCUGAUAAACGGGUUUGGAUUCAAGUCGGUUGGGAAAAUUCCGCUCGGAUUGAAACGGAAGGGUCUCCGGAUCGUGGUAACGGGUGGGGCGGGGUUUGUGGGGAGUCAUUUGGUUGACCGGCUUAUGAAAAGAGGCGAUAGCGUGAUCGUAGUGGACAAUUUCUUCACGGGGAGAAAGGAGAACGUCAUGCAGCAUUUCGGGAACCCCAGGUUUGAGCUCAUUCGGCACGACGUCGUUGAGCCACUGUUGUUGGAGGUGGAUCAGAUCUAUCAUCUGGCUUGCCCUGCCUCGCCGGUUCAUUACAAGCACAACCCUGUCAAAACUAUCAAGACGAAUGUGGUGGGAACGUUGAACAUGCUGGGGCUGGCGAAGAGAGUCGGUGCGCGGUUUCUGCUAACUAGCACCAGCGAGGUGUACGGUGAUCCUCUGCAACACCCACAAGUUGAAACCUACUGGGGCAACGUCAAUCCAAUAGGUGUCCGAAGCUGCUACGAUGAGGGAAAAAGGACUGCUGAAACGUUGACCAUGGACUAUCACAGAGGCGCUGGCGUUGAGGUGAGGAUUGCUAGGAUCUUUAAUACAUAUGGACCUCGUAUGUGCAUUGAUGAUGGUCGUGUUGUCAGCAACUUUGUUGCUCAGGCAUUGAGGAAAGAACCGUUGACAGUAUACGGUGAUGGGAAGCAGACAAGAAGUUUUCAGUAUGUUUCUGAUUUGGUCGAGGGACUAAUGCGGUUGAUGGAAGGAGAGCAUGUUGGGCCGUUCAAUCUCGGGAACCCUGGCGAAUUCACUAUGCUUGAACUUGCUCAGGUAGUUCAAGAAACCAUUGACCCAGAUGCAAAAAUAGAAUUCAGACCCAACACAGAAGAUGACCCGCACAAGAGGAAGCCCGACAUCUCCAAGGCAAAGGAGCUGCUGGGUUGGGAACCCAAAAUACCACUGCGCAAGGGUCUCCCUAGAAUGGUCAAGGACUUCAGGCAACGCAUCUUUGGCGACCACAAAGAAGAUAUUGCUUCCUCAGCAUAACAAAAAGCUAUGGAGUUGCAUAUGCAUAACAUCUCCUAACCUCGCUGAAGAGAUAGGGAGAGUACUGAUUUGACCGUGAAUGAUCAUUCGUGAUCUUCAUUGCCAAAACAUGGUGCAAUAUAGCACAGCCACGGCUUGAUAGAGCUAGCAUGAAGCAGUGGCAUCACAUCUGCUCUUUAAGAUAGUUCCUAGAGGUUAAUUUGGCCAAACUACAUCUUGUUUUUCUUCUUUCCUUUUUCUUUUUUUAACCGGCUUCUAGUAAUAAAAUGACUGCAUUAUUAUU